AUAUUAGCAGUAUACAGUUUUUUUUAUAGUUGGUAUACAAGAGAUCUUCAUAGUUUCAUUACUGUUCAAUACAAACCAGUAGAAGUGCAAUAUGUCUGUUAUACAAAUAAAGUCAAACGUAGACUUUAAAAUGCCAUUAAUAAACUUAAAGAAUAAUUAUGUUUUGUUUUCUGAUAGACUAAUAGUUUGAGGUAAUGAAAAUGUGAAGUGAUUAACAUUGCAGUUAUUGCAAAUGUAAGGUAAUCAAGUAAAAACUGAAAAAAUAAUGGUGACUAUGGAUAAUAUUAAAUAGAAUUUGAAGAUGACUAAGGCUAACAUUGCAAGUAGCUGACUGACAGCAGUCUAAUUACAGAAUAUAGGUUGGCGUUCAAUCUAUUAGGUACUGCUACAUCCUGGUAGAUAUAUGUACCUAUUAAAAGUACACCACCCAUCAUUGUUAAAGAAACAGGUUUAGCAAAGAUAAAGUUUUGUUUUCUGCUUGUGCAGAGCUCCAAGCCUCCCGUCCGUUAAGUGGCGCUAAAGGCGGCUAUCUCGUUUGUUUGCCGUUAAACAUUUAAACCGACGAAGAAGAAAACAAGCAGCUAUCGACGCAGGCGCAGUACCCUCAGUUGCGAAUAGUAGCCAAGUAAGACGUUAGCAGUUUUAAAGUACGUGGCAUAAAACUUUAGACAUGGAAGUAGCCGCACUGUUCGCCGUGACUCUGUUACUGGGUGCACUGAUUAUUCUGGUGGCAUUAGCGGUGGGCAGACGGAAAGAAGAAAUAAGAGAGGAAAUAGAGCAGGCGGCGGAAUUUGCCGCUGUAGGCAGUGUAGCGAAGGUUCCUGCAUCGAAGAAACCAAAGCAGGAGAAGCAGCGCAGCCGUAAGGAUAAAGCUUCACAGCACACUUUUAGUCAUCAGCUGUUGGCAGCCUCACUGAAGAGCCACAGUGCGAACGUGACGUGCCUGGAUUUCAGCAGUAACGGGAAGUACCUGGCGUCAUGCGCAGAUGACCGCACCGUCCGCAUCUGGAGCACCAAAGACUUCCUGGAUCGGGAACACAAGUGCCUGAGGGCCAAUGUGGAUCUGGAUUACGCAACACUAGUCCGCUUCAGCCCAGACUCCAGGGCGUUUAUCACCUGGUUGGCCAAUGGAGACACCAUCCGAAUCAUUAAAAUGGUCAAAAAGGAGGAUGGCACUUUGUCCUUCAAAGCUGCUUCUGAGGACUUCCCACAGAAGCACAAGGCCCCCAUCCUCAACAUCGGCAUUGCAGAGACAGGCAAGUUCAUAAUGAGCGCCUCCAUCGACACCAGCAUCCACAUCUGGGACCUGAAAGGAGACGUACUGGCCUCCAUCAACACCAACCAGAUAACCAACUCUUAUGCUGCCGUCUCCCCGUGUGGCAGGUUCGUAGCGUCGUGUGGCUUCACUCCUGAUGUGAAGGUGUGGGAGGUUUGCUUCGGGAAGGGCGGAGAGUUCAAAGAGGUGGCGCGAGCGUUUGACCUGAAGGGCCACUCUGCAGGAGUUCACGCAUUCGCCUUCUCCAACGACUCUAGCAGAAUGGUGACCGUCUCCAAAGACGGUACGUGGAAGCUGUGGGACACGGACGUGGAGUACAAAAAGCAGCAGGACCCCUACCUCCUGAGGACGGUCCCCUGUGUGUCCUCUGAAGGCAGCCGGGUGGCCUUGUCUCCGGACGGACGGGUGGUAGCCGUCAGCGACGGCUGCAACGUGGCCAUGUACAGCGCCGCCACCGGCCAGCUGGAGGAGGAGCUGCACGGCGUCCACAGCGAGGAGAUCAACGACCUGAGAUUUGACAUUAACGGGCGCUUCUUGGCGUGCAGCGGCGACAAGGCCAUCCGAGUGUUUCACAACGCCCCGGGCUACCGGGCGGCCAUCAGAGACAUGCAGGACAUGCUGAAGAAGGCCCAGAACGAGGCCAUGAAGCAGAGACUGCAGCAGCAGAUCAGCGAGGCUCAGAGAUCCCUGGACACUGUGCUGGCUGCUCCGCUCGACUAGAAGAGACCCAAGAAACUGCUCUCUGAUCGUGAUCCUGUCUGACUCUGACUGCUCUUCUUUUUUGCAACCUCAACUCACCCUCUGCCACUCAAUGAUCUGGUCUGGGAAUAAUGGAAUUUGCAUGCUGUUUUAAUAAAGAUCUUUUUAUGGAAAAAUAAAAUUGUUGUUCAGGCUUUUUGUCCCGUUUCAGUUCCAAUAAGUGUGUUCUCUGCUGUGUCUGUUUUUUGUAUUUGCCUUCUGCAACUUUAAAGUCUGACUCCACUCAAAUGUUUGGCCUAUUGUUCAUUUACUUUGAUGUCUGCGCUUCACUGUGCAGAGGGAUGUUUGGCACAAGAACACUGUUUUCACUUUAAUCUGCUGAAAGUUUCUCCGUGCUCAUCUCAAU